CGUCUUUAAAAGGGGGCGUUUUCGUUGAGCACCUGCCGCACGAAAAUGCGCUCGCCUGAAUGGUCCACAGUAGGGCUUAGCCUGUCUUCUUAUUGCUUAGUCACCGUGAAUAUGGAAAGCUAGUGUUUUAUGGUUUUCCAGCCUGUAGGUAUAUAAAUCUCCUCUGAUUGGCCUUAGUGCGCAGUACGAUAAAGUGAGAUUAAUUGAAGUGUGUUGAGUGCUGAAAAAAUGUUGCUCAAUCAAGUUUAUAAAGGUCGUAUAGUUUUCUCUAGAUGUCAAACCAGAAAAUCAUUUGGAAAAACUAGUUGGUUAAGAACUCUUUCCACUGGCACUGAAAGAUCAAACAGACAUGAAUUCAAUGAAAAGGCUCAAUUCGGCAGCUCAAGACUUUUAAUGUUGGCAGGGCUUGGUGCUGCUACUGCUGCUGGAUUUUAUUAUUAUACAAAAUAUAACCUUCCUAAAGUUCUGGCUCUUGAAAAUAAAGUGAAAGAAAGAACUGCAUCAGAAAAAGAACCAGGAAGUUAUGUAGAUGGAUUGCCAGUUUAUAGUUCUGGUGAUGUAGCCAAACAUACAGAUGAAUCAACAGGUGUGUGGGUUAGUUACAAAAGUGGUGUCUAUGACAUCACUCCUUUCAUCAAAAGUCAUCCAGGAGGAAAUAAAAUUCUACUUGGAGCUGGGGUUUCUGUUGAGCCAUUUUGGAAUCUCUAUGCUAUUCACAAACAACCAAAUACCUUGGCAUUAUUGGAAGAGUACAGGAUUGGAAACCUGACCAAGGGUGAGGAGGUUGAUGCUAUGAUGAACAUGAGUGAUCCAUAUGCGAAUGAUCCUCAACGUCAUCCCGUUCUAACAAUCAGAACUAAGAAACCUUUUAAUGCCGAAACUCCAACCUCUCUGCUAGUGGAAAACUUCAUCACCCCCACUGAAUUCUUUUACGUUAGACAUCACUUCCCAGUUCCAGACGUUGAUCUUUCAAGUGGCGACUAUUCUCUUGAAAUAGUCAGCGAUGAUGAAAAAAAAGGUCUCAGUCUGAAUUUGGACCAACUCAAGACUGCCUACGCGUCACAUAGUGUCACGGCCUCUCUGCAAUGUUCGGGGAAUAGACGAUCAGAAAUGAAUCGUACCAAACCCACAAAAGGUUUGGAAUGGGCCCAAGGAGCGAUGGGCAAUGCGGUGUGGAAGGGGGUUCGUUUGAGAGACGUGCUGCUUGACCUUGGCAUUAAGGAAAGCGAUGAAAACGAGCAUCGGCACGUCGAAUUUGAGGGAUUGGAUAUAGAUCCAACCAGCGCACCGUACGCUGUUUCUAUUCCGUUAAGUAAAGCUAUGGAUCCUCGAGGUGACGUCAUCUUGGCUUACGAAAUGAACGGCGAAACACUUACUCGGGAUCACGGUUUUCCGUUGCGAGUCGUCGUGCCUGGAACUACUGGCGCCCGUUGGGUCAAGUGGCUGACCCGAAUUGAAGUUGCAAGAAAUGAGAGCCAGUCUCAUUGGCAGCAAAAUGACUACAAGAGUUUCAACCCGUCGUCGGACUGGGACAAGGUGGAUUUUUCCACAGCCCCAGCAAUUCAAGAAAUGCCCGUCACCAGUGUUGUCUGUGAUCCUCAAGAUGGAGAAACAGUGGAACUAAAAGACGGAAAACUUAAACUAAAAGGUUACGCAUGGAGCGGUGGUGGACGGGGAGUUGUGCGAGUCGACAUUAGUCUCGACUCGGGCAAAACGUGGCAUGUUGCAGAACUUCUUGAUCCAGUUAAACUAAGUCGACAAUGGGCAUGGACUCGAUGGCAUGCCAAUUUGCCUGUUACGGCGAAAGAAACAGAAGUCUGGGUCAGAGCUGUUGACGCCUCUUACAACACACAGCCAGAAGGAAUGGAACACAUUUGGAACAUGCGGGGUGUGUUGGCCGUUGGUUACCACAAAAUCAAAGUUUCGCUCAAAGCAGAUUGAUCAUGACAAAUCGACGAGAUCAGGAUAGUCGGUGAAUCAAACGUUAAGUCCAGUCGACAAUCUACGGAAACCUUUGCGACCACAUUUUUUUAGUACUCGGCUAAUUUAUUUAUUUAUAUUUUAGUUUUUGAAAAAUUAAAAGAGGUAUAAAAAAUACCGCUAUCUAGCGGGGGUAGUAAAGAUGCUAAUGUGCCGCGCGCUUUGCGUUGCCCAGGUUCCCCAGGGCGUCUAGGAGGGCAUGCGAUGUACGCAUGCAUC